AUGUUCUCACGCUGCAUUUCCCGGUCGGCGACGCGAGUCCCGAUUCCAAAGUCCGCUGUUUCCUCGUCCUUUACCCCUGUCGCCGCCGCCGUCGCACGUCAAACGCGGCUACCGAAUACAUGCCUCGAGGGCCGGAGAUAUAUCUCUGCGUACGGAUAUACACAGGCCAAAGCGCUCGUCUAUUCUAAAUAUGGCGAGCCAAAAGAUGUUCUUCGAUUGCACAAGCACUCGAUUUCUGCUCCCCACGCAACCCAAGUGAACCUCCGUCUCCUCGCCGCGCCAUUGAACCCCGCCGACGUGAAUCAAAUACAGGGUGUCUACCCCAGCAAGCCCCCAUUUGAGACGACACUUGGUACACAGGAGCCCUCUGCCAUUGCCGGAAAUGAGGGCGCGUUUGAAGUUAUCGCGACCGGGCCCGACGUCAAGAGUCUUGCCAAGGGUGACUGGGUUAUUAUGAAGCGCACAGGGCAGGGUACCUGGCGGACACACGCGCAACUGGAUGAGUCGCAAUUAAUCAAGGUUGAAGACCAAACGGGGCUGUCACCGCUGCAGGUCAGCACUGUGAGUGUGAACCCCGUCACCGCGUAUCGAAUGAUCAAGGAUUUCUGCGACUGGGAUUGGAUGCGUGCCGGAGAGGAGUGGUUGAUCCAGAAUGGUGCGAAUAGCGGUGUUGGGCGCGCGGCUAUCCAGCUUGGGAAGGAGUGGGGCAUCAAGACGCUGAAUGUUGUUCGUGAGAGGAAAACGCCAGAGGAGACGGAGGAGCUGAAGCAGGAGCUGAAAGAUCUUGGAGCGACUGCGGUGGUCACAGAGUCUGAGCUGCUUUCUGGAGAAUUCAAAAACAUCGUCAAGGAGCUCACUCGGCAAGGAAAGGAGCCCAUCCGGUUGGCUCUGAACUGCGUCGGAGGGAAGAAUGCAACGGCAUUGGCCAAGGUCCUGGCUCCGGGCUCGCACAUGGUCACGUACGGUGCCAUGUCAAAGCAGCCUGUUGCUCUGCCAUCGGGGCUUUUGAUUUUCAAGGACCUUGUGUUUGACGGGUUCUGGGUGAGCCGCUGGGGCGACAAGAACCCGCAGCUCAAGGAGAACACGAUCAAAGAUAUCUUGCAGCUCACACGGGCUGGAAAAUUCAAGGAUAUACCCGUCGAUGAAGUAAAGUGGAGCUGGAACACCGAGGGCCCCGAGCUUGCAGCCUCUGUGCAGGAAACUCUCAGCGGGUAUAGGAGUGGAAAGGGCCUGCUUAGAUAUGAAGGGGACGAUUAA